AGUAGUCUGUAGGCUUUGGCUGUUGGGAGGAAAGAGGAAGCAGAUGUCUUUGAUCUUUUCCCUCUCACUGUCUUUCUGUUAUGACCUUGGGAAGUGGUUUUUUUUUAGUAUUGUCUGGUCUGAAUUCCAGAUCAAACUGGCAAUGGGCUUUCUGGCCUUGGGGAGUGCUGUUUGUUUAAAGAUACACACACACACUACUGAGACUUCUCUGUUGGGUUCCUGGUGACGCCUGAUCCAAGAGAUGUUGUGGUUUCCCAGGUAUGUGAUACUUUUCUCCUGCUGCUGUUUUCCUUUAGAAUCUGAGAAGCCAGCUGGGGCAAGCCAAGCUUUAGAACCUCUACUGCAUGAAACCAGCAUCUCCAGGAAUGAACUCUUCCUGCCAGAUACUGCUCUGCUCCUGACAGCACGCUUCUCCACAGAAGAGAAGAGGGGGAGAGAGCCGCACUGAUUCAGCCUGAGCACCUCGGAGAGGCUUCCUCUGGAUGCUCCAAUGAAGCUGCCCUUCACCCCCAGCAUGGAGCCGGCCACCUCGGAGCACAUGGAGAUGGCUCUGCUCAGCAACAUCCUGGCUACCUACUCGUUUGUCUCAGAAAACCCUGAGCGUGCCGCACUAUACUUCGUCUCGGGCGUGUGCAUCGGGCUGGUCCUGACCCUGGCUGCCCUGGUGAUGCGAAUCUCCUGCCACACAGACUGCCGGCCGCGCCGCCAGAGGAAGUUCCUGCAGGACCGAGAGAGCAGCUGUGACAGCAGCGACAGCGAGGACGGCAGCGAGGACACAGCGUCCGACCUCUCGGUGCGCAGACACCGUCGCUUCGAGAGGACGUUGAACAAGAACGUGUUCACCUCGGCCGAGGAGCUGGAGCGGGCGCAGCGGCUGGAGGAGCGCGAGCGCAUCAUCCGCGAGAUCUGGAUGAAUGGGCAGCCGGAGGCCCCCGGCGCCCGCAGCCUGAACCGCUACUACUAGGGUGUGGCAAGGCCCAAGAAGCCGGUGCGCACCCACCUGUUUCCUAGUCUGGAGGACAGAUUUUUCUUAAGAACUCAGUCUCCCACGAAGGAGAAUAAAGAAAAUUAUAGGGACCUCAACCUUUCCAGGUGUCGGAAUGGUGCUGAAAAUCCCUUGUCCAACCUUGUGGAUGGAGGAGAUGCGGGCUCUGGGUCUCUGAGGUUCUCAGAGGUUUCUGCAAACCUUAUCACUGCCUGUUACCUCCUUUACAAAAGGAAAGGCAGCUGUGAUGCAAACGCUGGGAGGAGCAGGGCAGGCAUUACUCUGGAAAAGCGGUUUUGCUAAGCAUCUUCUCACUGUGUAGGCGACUCUGACUCAGCGGGCUCUGUGCUUCUUAUUUAAGGCUGGUGUUGUAAAUCCCAUGUUGCAAUGGCAACUUCUCCAUUUUAAACUGGCACCUCAGGGAUUAAAAUCCUAUUUUUUUUAGUAUAUUUCCCACCUCAUUCGUGAAAAUGAAUAAAGUUAUUGUAUUGUGGGAGAUGUGUCAGUGAACUAGGAAUAAUAUUGGUAACCUCAAAGGAUGAAGGGUUUUUAUUUUAUAUAGUUUAUAAAAAUAUAUAUUGACAUGCAUGUUUAAAUUGCUGCAUAAAAAUUAAACAUGUCUUGUCUCCCCACCUCAACUUAGAAGAAAUGGCUUCAUGCUCCAGAUGUUCAUGAUUAUAAAUACUU